CCCACCUAACCCACCUAACCCACCCCAUCCCCCGCCACGCCAGACGAAUAGCUGGGUUCAUAUAAAUGCCCCGCCCCGUUCUUUCAAGGCUGGAACUCGUUACUCUGGCGCGCUGUCAUCACCCGCCUUCAUCGUGCAGUAUAGCCCCAUCUGGCGCCUAUUUAUUCCGCAGCCAACCUUCCGUACUUCCGUACCGUUGUUUCAAAAACCUUCCUCCCUUCCGCGGGCAAUUGAGUUGAGCCACUUGAACUUGAGCCUCACCCCUCGGCCCCACACACCCCUCCAAAAAAACAAAAACAAAAAACAAAAAGCAAAAAAACAAAACCCCCAACCCAGUACACCCCACCACCGCCCCGCGCUCUCCCCGCCCGUCCAUCAAUGACGGCAUCCUGCCCGUCAUCUGGCGCCGCGGACUCGCACUCAACGCACUCGCCGCCGGAAGACACGAAUGCGCAGCGCCUCCGCGAGAACCAGCGACGGUCGCGGCUCCGCCGGAAGGAGUACGUAGCGUCGAUCGAGGGGCAACUGCGCGAGUUCCAGCGCACGGGCGCCGAGGCGUCGCGUGAAGUCCAGGCCGCCGCGAAACACGUCGUCCGCGAGAACAGGCUGCUGCGCGAGCUGCUGAGGAGGAAGGGCGUGCUGGAUGCCGAGGUGGAUGGCUGGCUUAAGGAUGGUGCCGCUGCGGCGCCGGCGGGUGUGGGUGCGGGUGCGGGCACGGGUGCGCAGACGUCGAUUGAUAAGGUCCAGAAGGCGCUGGUGGUCAGAAGGCCGUGUGAUGCCGACGACGCGGUUGUUGUGGGACGCAGGAAGAGCACGGGCAUGGUGGUGGAACGCACGCGGCGUGGGAAACACGAGCUCAAUGUCCAGACCAGGAAGAUCAAGGUCGAGAAGCACACGCCGCCGCCGCUGCACUCGGCAACAGCAACGUCGCCGUGCUCCUCGGUCUCGGCGUUCUCGCCGACCACUCAGGAUCCGUCGGCGUUGGCCAUGGGAUUGACGCCGGACAAUCCCGCUUCCGCCCCGCAGUUGUCGAGCCCGAUGUAUCUGCAUACGCCGGGAUACAGCUCGCCCGUACAGCAGCAGCGCGCGCAGCAGCCGCAGGGCGAUCUGUACCUGUUCCAUUCGUUCCAGCAGCAGCAACAUCAGCAGCAGCAUCAGCAGCAGCAUCAGCAGCAGCAGCAUCAGCAGCAUCAGCAGCAGCAUCAGCAGCAAUCGGCACUGCAAGGGCUCUCCGACAAUUUCAUGACGCAUCAUCGAGACGCUGAUAAACAAAUGCACGUGCAUCGCAUCCCCUCUCUGGACGGGCAUUGCCACAGCGCCAUGCAGUGCGAUGCUGCGCGGACAAUGAUCUCGGAGCUGCAGCCGCAGACGCCAAUGGAAGGGUUGACGCGGGAGCUGUGUCCGCAAGGAUCGACGGAAGGGUGUGUGGUCGACACCACAGUGCUGUUCGGCGUGAUUGAUCGGGCGUGCAUGUGAGUUGGGUCGAGGACUCGAGGUAAUGGUAAUGUGUUGCAACGAACGAGCUACGAUACGAUACGACUGUUAGAUAUUGAUAGAUAUCUCCUCUCCUUCCUUCCUUCCAUCUCUUCUCCUUUUUUUAUCUUUUUCUUUUCUUCUUUCACCAUCUGCACCUACGGCAUUUUAUUACUCUUUAUAUUUAUUUUUCUUUUGCUCAACCACACUUGUUUUCGUGGAGUUGGAAUGGGAUCCGGACCGGAGUUUAUGUCAUGAAACGGGG